UGUAGCUUCAAGUUGAGUGGGCUGCACCUGCCUAAUGUUUGAUACAAAGGCUGACAGAAGCUCCCAAUGAUGCAACAGGAAGUCACAAUCUUCAGUACGCCAGGCAAACCCGGACAGAUCCCUGGCCUUUUAAUGCCCGUCUCCUCACUUGCACACAAACUCUUCUUCCUCUUCUCACUACCACCACUACCACCAAGCGCAGCGCAACUCGCAGACUCCAGGCAAUCUUUUGGCCGCCAUUUUUUGGGUAUCGUCUCUCUAUUUGUCUUGCGGUUCGCAGUAUUAUGUCAUCUCUUCUCUUCUGCCCUCUUUCUUCGUGUUGAUACACUUCAAGCGUUUUUUGGAAGCAAGGAAAUCUUGCACGGAAACAAAGAAAACAACCCCAGAUACAAAUCCCCUUCCGCGAUACCACUCUGGACAGCAUACCCGAGCCAGUCACAUCAACUCACGCUGGAUUUGCCUGGUCAUUCUGUCGCCAACUCUUUUCCCGCUCGUCCCAGCGGAACAGACCGGCCCAUUCUUGUUCGAAAUAACCGAGUCCGUUGACGAAACCAACGAAUACCCAGAUUUAGCUUGAAGGACAAACACCGGGUUGUCUUCCCAGUCCACGACACCAACGUAAUAUUGCUG